AUGUCGGACGGAGAAGACGCCCAAUCCCAAGUGUCCGCCGCGGCCGAAGUCGAAGUCAGCGCCGAUGCCUCCGCAGGCAAGGGCCAGAUGUCGGUCCUCGAGGCCCUGAAGGGCGUCCUCAAGCUCGCCCUCAUCCACGACGGACUUGCGCGCGGGCUGCGGGAGGCUUCCAAGGCGCUCGACCGUCGUCAGGCGCAUAUGUGCGUCCUCAACGAGGCCUGCGAGGAGGAGGCGUAUAAGAAGCUGGUGGUCGCGCUGUGCUCGGAGCACAAGAUCCCGCUGAUUAAGGUCCCGGAUGGGAAGCAGCUGGGCGAGUGGGCGGGGCUGUGCCAGAUCGACCGCGAAGGCAACCCGCGCAAAGUCGUCAACUGCUCCUGCGUCGUCGUCCGCGACUGGGGCGAGGAGUCCCAGGAGCGCAGCAUCCUCCUCAACUACUUCCAGACCGAGCAGUAGACAAUCGAUCUUCUUCCUACCCGCCCUUCAUAUCCUUCCUCUCGAUACCUCUCUUCGACUUUUCUGCAUCGGUUCGCCUCGGUUCGGUAUGCUGCGGCCUAACGGGCAUGGCAUGGAGUGCGGCAUGAAGGGUGGG